GGAUUUUAAUGUCAUUCUGAGGGCAGGCAGGGCACAUUUUGACUCGUGCAAAAUAGUUGUCACCCAGCUGUGCGCAUGGGAUCUCGUGCUGUAUUUUUUCUUACAGCAUAUCUACGCUCUCCUCUCUUGACCCAAGACCAUGUACACUGCCGACUGCGUUGCCAGAGUCGCCCCUUGAAGUGUACUGACGACACCAAGUACCUCGGUAUCGUGUUCUGCUCCACAGCAAUGGAUAUCUCGAAAGAGCACUCUGUCGAGGUGGUAAAGAUUCAAGAAGGCACUGCGUGUUUGCGAUGGAGAGGUAUCUGGGGGAUAUCCACCCUCGCAAUUUACAGCGCCUGGGUUGACUCUCUCCUCACUUACGGGUCCCAGGUUGUGGUCGUCACUACACUUAGGCAGCUGGAAAGGACAUCACUACCCGCCCUUCAACGUCUCAACUACCCAAUCCAUGCAACUCUGGAGGAGCUAUACGACACAGAUUUCGUAACGAUGCUGUCGAGUCGAUGUGGAAAGACCGAGGUCUUCUCCCGCAGUGUUCCGGUCUCACCUCGACAUUCGUAUUACGGCACACCGUAUUGCGAUGACCCGGGCUUUGACUUGAAUAGCAGUGUUGACAGGGAGUUCCAAUGAGCCUGCUCGCGCGUCCUUUCUCUGGGAACGGUAUCCUGGUUGUAGAAAGAUCGUCCGAUCACCCGCUGGUGGAGACGGAUGUCCUUGUCGCAAGUGCGGCACGCUUCGUUGACGAUAUGUAACUGUUCCUUUCAUCAGUCUACUGCCGAGGCCGUGAGGGGUACUCAUGACGGGCUUUACCAUAGCCGCAGAGCAUAGGACGGGUGUAGCAGCAUUACUCCUCAUUUGGUCUUUUCUGUAGUUCGCACAUUGUAGCUAGCGUCGUAGAUACCGCCUCUGUACCUUGAGGAGCUGUAGUACGGACCGCGGCUCGUUUCCAUCGAGGAACACCGUCGGGUAAUAAAACAACUUCCUUCCAGUUAGUAUGUACAACAAAAACUAUGUAUUCUAUAUAAUCUAUGG